UAUGAAUUUUAAACAAUGGCUGCUCUCUCCUCUCUCCUCUCGUUUCUGCUUAUAAUUGAACCCCAAAUCUCAAAUGGGUUCGAAACCGAACCACUCAAAACCCCAAUCGAAGAAUCCACCAUUGACGACCUCGAGCUUGCUUUCAAGGUCAAGACUCUGACUUCACGUCAACUGGUUCAGUUCUACCUGGAAAAAAUCCAGACCCUCAACGGCCACCUCAGAGGGGUCCUGGAGGUGAACCCAGAUGCGCUUUCCCAGGGCGAUUCCGCCGACGAACAACGCCGGGAAUGGGAAUCCAACCCAUCAGCCAGAAGCAGACCGCUGCCGAAGCUGCACGGGAUUCCGAUUCUACUCAAGGACAAUAUUGGAACCAGGGACAAGCUUAACACCACGGCCGGGUCGUUUGCGCUGUUGGGUUCCAAAGUUCCGAGGGAUGCCGGGGUUGUGGCGAAGCUGAGGAGCUCUGGGGCUGUUAUUCUAGGAAAGGGUAGCUUGAGCGAGUGGUUGCACAUCCGGUCGUUUUCUGCGCCGGACGGAUGGAGUGCCAGAGGCGGCCAAGGUGUGAAUCCUUAUAAUCCAUCACUGGAAGCUUGUGGAUCAAGUAGUGGGCCAGCAAUAUAUGUAUCUGCAAAUAUGGUAGCUGUGGCUCUAGGGGCAGAGACUGACAGCUCUAUCUUCUGUCCGUCCAGUUAUAACUCGGUAGUAGGCUUCAAGCCAACCGUUGGUCUCACUAGUCGAGCUGGAGUUGUCCCAGUCAGUCCAAGACAGGACACAGUUGGGCCAAUCUGUAGGACUGUAGCUGAUUCUGUUCAUGUCCUGGAUGCUAUUGUCGGCAUUGAUAGCAACGAUAUUGCUACAAAUGAAGCCUCACAGUACAUUCCGGUGGGUGGCUAUGGACAGUUUCUCAGGGCUAAUGGUCUCAAAGGAAAGAGAUUGGGGAUAGUAAGUCGCUUGUUUAGUCAAGUCAAGGACGAUCAGUUCUUGAAUCAAACUUUUGAGCAGCGCUUUACCACACUGAGGAAACAAGGUGCAGUUUUGGUUGAGAAUCUCGACAUAGCCAAUAUUGAAGAUAUACUGGAUUCCUCUUUGAGCGGUGAACUUGUAGCAAUAUUAGCGGAAUUCAAAAUGGCCUUGAACCCAUACCUAAGUAAACUAGUUGAGUCUCCGGUGAGAAGCUUGAGAGACGUGAUAGCAUUCAACAAGAAUAACUCAGUUUUGGUGAGUAUGAGAAAAGUAAGUGAAUAUGGACAACAUCUCUUAGAAGCGGCUGAGAAGACUAACGGUAUAGGAGCAAAAGAGCAAGAAAUAUUGUCAAAUUUAGCAAAAUUGUCUAGAGAUGGAUUUGAGAAGUUGAUGAAAGAUGAGAGCGUAGAUGCCUUGGUAACUUAUUCCAACUCUGCUCAUUCAAUCCUCGGAGUUGGUGGUUUUCCUGGCAUUGUUGUGCCGGCAGGAUAUCAUGACACUGAAAAGUACCCAUUUGGCAUUUGCUUUGGGGGACUAAAGGGUUCGGAGCCAAAGCUGAUUGAGGCCGCGUACGCAUAUGAGCAAGCAACUAAGAUCAGGAAGCCACCACCUGUUGGUUCUCAGACCAAAUUUAUGUCCAACACUGCCAACGUCACUCCUGAAGUUGAGUCCUCGAAAUCCACCUUCACCACAUCUGAAGAAAGACCCCGCCUAGCCACUCGAGAACACCUCGAACACAGUCCCUUGCAAGAACACAGUCGACGUGAGGGGCUCAAUAAGGAUGCUUGACCCUCCAAACGGUAAAGUUCACAAUCAUGUUUACAGCAAACAAAACAAAAAUUAUGCGGCUCAUGAACAAUCAGUGUCUGGUUCUGCAAGUUGUUCUGAUGUGUGUAGUAUCAAGUCACAGAUUCCACCUACAAUUUGUUGAUGUAUCAAAACCCUAUUAUCCAUUUUGCCCAAACGCGUGCGAAAAUACAAGACAAUCCCAAACACAAACAAUUAAGCAGUAGAAGUUACAUCUACUGGAAUUGGGACGGCCAAGGCUCUGAAUUGGUCAUAAAACAAGUGUCUAGCAAAAAAUAUAAUGCUAAAAACCGUGUCUGCAUUUAUCUGGACUAUGUCUUCUUCCGGCAACGCCGCAGAAUUUCGCCCAUUGUUGAUUCAAUUC